CGGGCGCGGCGGAGCCGCGGCUGAGCGGCGGCGGGGCCGGCGGCGGCGGCGGGAGGAGGAUGCGGGCGGGCGGCGGGGCGGCGCGGGGGGCGCUGGCCAUGGCGCUGCUCCGCCGCUGCCUCCUGCUGGGCCCGCUGGGGCUGCGCCCGGCUGGCGGACAGGACGGGGACGGCUGCGGCCACACGCUGCUGACACCCCACAGCGGCACCCUCAGCUCCAAGAACUACCCAGGCACCUACCCCAACCACACCGCCUGCCGCUGGCGGCUGCGCGCCCCCCCCGGCUCCUCCCUUCUCCUGGCCUUCGGGGACGUGGACCUGGAGCCCUCCGAGCGCUGCGCCCGCAGCUCCCUGCUGCUCACCGACCCCCAGGCUGGCGCCACCUACGGGCCCUACUGCAGGAACGCCGGCCCCCUCACCCAGCUCCUGGUGACAAACUCCAGUGCCAUGACCGUCCUGUUCAACAGCACCAGCCACCGCUCGGGACGAGGCGUCCUCCUGUCCUACGCCACCUCACAGCACCCAGACCUGGUCUCCUGCCUGGUUCGAGGCACCCACUACACCCAGGAGCACGUCAGCGUGUACUGCCCCGCGGGCUGCAAGGACAUCGAUGGGGACAUCUGGGGCAACCCGAGCCAGGGCUACCGGGAUACCUCGGUGCUGUGCAAGGCGGCCGUACACGCCGGGGUGAUCGCGGACGAGCUGGGCGGGCAGGUCACCCUGUCCCGGGAGAAGGGGAUCACGCUCUACGAGUCGGCCUUCGCCAACGGGCUCCACUCCAAAAGGGGAUCCCUCUCUGAGAAGCGGCUCAUAUUCCACAAAGCCUGCGGCGAUGCAUUGGAGGUGGCCGCCUUCAACGCCUCGUCCUGGUGGCACGAGGUGGAUGCGCUGGGGCAGGACCGAGUGUGGGCAGCCGAACGGGCAGCGCUCGGCACCGCCGGCCACUCCUGGGCGGCUGAACCCGGCUUUGAGGCCGCCUGGCUGGAGCUGGACCUGGGCACCCGCAGGAAUGUCACAGCUCCACACCCCCAGACUGAUGGCAGGGCCCCCUCCCUGGGCUCACCCCAACCAGGCAUCAUCACCAAGGGCUCCUCGGAGCAGCAUGACUACUACGUGACAUCCUACCGGGUCUCCUCCAGCCGCGAUGGGAAGAACUGGAGACCCUACAGAGGCAGCAGUGGCCAGGAGGACAAGGUCUUUGAAGGAAAUGCCGACAGCCACGGGGAGGUCUCCAAUGCCUUCAUCCCCCCCAUUGUCGCCCGCUACAUCCGCAUCAUGCCCCAGAGCUGGCACCAACGCGUGGCCUUGAAGGUGGCCCUGGUGGGCUGCCAGCUGGCACGAGUCCGCGCACCCCGGCCCUACGUGCCCAACAUCCCUAAGGAGGACCCCGUCCCCACCAGCCGCCCGCCCAGCCGCACGCCCAUCCCCGGCGUCGCCCUGGACCCGGAGAAGGCAGGGUCCACGCUGCUCGUGAUGCUGCUCAUCGGUGGCUUCUUGCUCCUCUGCUCCAGCCUCCUGCUGCUGGCUUUCCUCUGCCACAGGAAGAGGAAGCCGGCAGCGGAGCCCAGCUGUGGGAUCACAAAAGGGUACCCCAAACUGGAGUCAAGCGAGGUGUGCUCCCUGCAGAGCCUGCCACCCCCCAGCUCCCCGCUGGCCUCCUUCCCCACGGCGGCUGCGCCAGGGGACCUCAGCCGGACCCAUUCGCCAGAUUAUGCUGAGCCGGACCUGGUGCAGGUGAGCCCCAGCAGCCAGACAGGUCCCUCCACUUUCAAGCCGCUGCCAGACGAGGGCUACACGCUGCCGCUGGUCCUGAACCACUACGACGUGCCGGGAACGUACCACGAGUACGCAGAGCCGCUGCCGCCAGAGCCCGAGUACGCCACGCCGUUCUGUGAACCAGAGCCCGCCGGGCCCCACCGCCCGCUCUGCGGCUCAGCGGGGCUCCCCGGCACUCCGCGCUCCUCCUCGGCGCGGUACGACGCGCCUCCGCGGAGAGAUGCCGGCGGGGGGCGCCGGGCGGAGCGGACUGCGGGGCGCGCGGCGGCCGCCGAAGGGCCCUGCCGCCGCCGCGGGGACUGUCCUGCCGCGCUCCCGGGGCACCGCGCCGGGUGA